GAUGACACAAGAAUGAGAUCGAGUUUUUCGCAUUUACACAGUUCGCUUGUAUUGAUUGCUGGAUGCACGAUGCUCAUGUCGAAAGAUCUUUCAUCGGUAUUCACAGAGUUCUUUUAAGCAGAGCGGAUAUUAUGAUAGAUUUUGAGCAAAGAAAAUGUGUCUUCGUUUUCCCAGCCUAGAGGAACUUAAGCGUAGCAGCUGGGCCCAGAAAGCGUUGGACGAAGGGAAGCACGAAGGCAGCAGAUUACGAGUUACUGGCGCUACGCUUUUGCUUUCUCCGCAAUUCAAUGACGAAUGCAGCUACAAUUUUAUGAAGCAGCAAUGGAUACACGACGUGGACACGACUUUAGUUUGCAGUUUUUCUGCAGUGGAGGGUGAAAAAUGCCAAAAUGCUGAAUUUUUUUGCCCAAUUGACGUUUCGACAACAGCUGCUUGCGGAAGGUGAAGGAUCGUCUAUUCUACCCUACGUACUUCCUUCGUUGUGGAACGGUAGAGCCGCCUAUGGGACGAGCGCAGCCAAGUGGAGCCAGUACUAGUAAGGGAUUUGAGAACUACGCUUCGGAAGUUGAAGUAGACACUGGCUCUGCUUCGGGCGCGGGCACAACUACCUUUACACGGAACACGUUGAGGACAAUGUUGAAGAUGCACAUUCAGCAAAUGGAGUUGGUCCCUGGCAAUACGGUGCGCCAAUUUGUCGGGGCGUCGACGAGGGGAUGCGUGUCGCAUGCAUUUCGGGACCACGAGGGCCUCCAUGAUAAGGAUAAGUACCACCAGAUGUUGCUGCAGAGGAGACUCGUGGUGAUGGGUGGUUCAAGGAGGACAACUUUCUUUAACUGAGUUAAACGACUAGGUCAGAAUUCAUCUACGGAGGACCUGUCUGUGAUCCGUUUUACUUUUCGUAUGAUAAAGUCGCUUUCAUUGUCGCAGGCCCUGCACUCAUUCUACUUGUUCUUUGUGUAGUGCAGGUGUUGCUUACGGUGCACCGGUCCUAGCCGCGUUUGAUGGGCAGAUUCAUGGUUUUUCAAGUGAAAUCGCCUGUCAUCUCAAAUCGUCUUUAUCGGUAUUUUGAUGUUCUUGAUGCAGCGUCUGGAUGAACUUGCACCACAUGCUGCUUAAUGAGAAAACAACGCGUCCUGAAAUGGUUGCAAUAUUUUUUCUAUAUCAUCACAGAAAAGCGGGGCAGGGGCACAGUUAUUUACAACUAGAGAUGUGGACAAAGAUGAAGACUUGAAUCCUAUUAUAG